CCCAGCAGCUUAUGCGUCACUUCAUCUCAAUCGCUGAUCAUGGCGGAGCUAAAGCUACAGCAUGAAGUGGAACCCGAAGUUCUCAAUGGGGACAUCGAGAAUGAGGAGAGGGAGGACACGGAUCCUUCGGAAUCAGCCAAGAAAAAAAGAAGAAAAAAGAAGAAGAACAAGGCAAUUGCCCCAGCAGGGACGAAUGAGGCUGAGGGGGAUGGAGACACUGGAGGUGUUGGUGAGGUGAUGAAACAGUUGGAGCAGCAAGCUCUGGAGGACAAAGAGAAGGAGGAGGAUGGAGAAGAAGAAGGAGAAGAAGGAGAAAAUUGUGCAGGGAAAAAGAAAAAGAAGAAGAAGAAAAAGAAAUCUUUGAAGGGACAGACUGACCCUCCCACAGUCCCUAUUUGUGAGCUUUUUCCCAGCGGAGUUUUCCCAAAAGGAGAGGAAUGCGAAUAUCCCCCAUCAAAAGACGGGCGCAGUGCAGCGUGGCGCACCACCCACGAGGAGAAGCGGGUGUUGGACAAGGCCAACGAGGAGAUGUGGAGCGAUUUCCGUCAGGCGGCCGAAGCCCACCGCCAGGUCCGCCACUACGUGAGGAGCUGGAUCCAACCUGGCAUGACCAUGAUUGACAUCUGUGAGAAACUGGAGGACUGCUCCAGGAGGCUGAUCAAAGAGAAUGGACUCAAGGCGGGAUUAGCCUUCCCUACCGGCUGUUCCAUCAACCACUGUGCCGCCCACUACACCCCCAAUGCCGGCGAUCCUACCGUACUGCGCUAUGACGACGUUUGCAAGAUCGACUUUGGCACACACAUCAACGGUCGAAUCAUCGACUGCGCCUUCACCGUCACCUUCAAUCCGAAGUACGACAGGCUACUGGAGGCCGUGAGGGACGCUACAAACACAGGCAUCAAGUGUGCAGGGAUUGAUGUGCGUCUGUGUGACGUGGGCGAGACUAUCCAGGAGGUCAUGGAGUCUUACGAGGUGGAGAUUGAUGGGAAGACAUACCAGGUGAAGCCAAUCAGGAAUCUCAACGGUCACUCUAUUGGCCAGUACAGGAUACACUCUGGCAAAACUGUGCCCAUCGUCAAGGGAGGAGAGGCUACCAGGAUGGAGGAAGGAGAGGUGUACGCCAUCGAGACCUUUGGCAGCACAGGCAGAGGGGCCGUCCAUGACGACAUGGAGUGUUCACAUUACAUGAAGAACUUCAACGUUGGACAUGUGCCAAUAAGGCUCCCUAGGGCUAAGCAUCUGCUGAAUGUGAUCAAUGAGAAUUUCGGCACCUUGGCAUUUUGCCGGCGCUGGCUGGACCGACAGGGCGAAAGUAAGUACCUGAUGGCGCUAAAGAACCUGUGUGACCUGGGCAUCAUCGACCCUUACCCGCCGCUGUGCGACACCAAGGGCAGCUACACAGCCCAGUACGAGCACACCAUCCUCCUCAGGCCCACCUGCAAGGAGGUAGUGAGCCGGGGGGACGACUACUGAGGGACGAGCCCCAGAGCCAAACAGGAAGAACGCAGCAGUUCACCACGGACUGAACUCCUCCCUAGACGGAUAACAUAUAUGCAAUAUUGCUGUGACCUAAUUUAUGUUGCUUGAGUCCUCCUUUAAGACGUGUGUUUAAGCAAGAGCAAGAGACUGGUGUCAUGGCAGUAGCUUACUUGUAUUUAUUUAUCUUUCAAAAGGAUCAAGCCAAUAGAUAAGCAAAAAAUUACUUGUCAUUUAUAGUCAUUAUCUUUUGCUGUAUUGCUUUUAGAAUAAAGGAAAUAUGCAAAAAUGUACCCUGAGAUUUUGGUGAACACCUUAACAUAUUUAUGCUAUGCUUCCAUCCUUCGGUAAGAGCCUGUGGAAAAUAUAUAUGCUUUGAAAGUAUUUCUAUUUCUAUAUUUAUUUGCUGUAAUUUAUUUUCAGGCAGUUUUGUAAAGAAAAAUAAAUUGUUACA